CAAGGGUGGAGGGGUGUCCUCUCAGUCCGAAGUCGUGUCCAGGGAGGGAUCAACAUGGCCUCCUCACCCAGGACCGUGCUGAUUUCAGGCUGUUCAUCAGGAAUUGGCUUGGAGCUUGCUGUGCACCUGGCUCAUGACCCCAAACAGCGUUACCAGGUGGUGGCCACCAUGAGGGACUUGAGAAAGAAGGAGAUGCUGGAGGCAGCUGCUGGGGACGCUCUGGGAAAGACCCUCACCGUGGCCCAGCUGGAUGUGUGCAAUGAUGAGUCAGUGGCCCAGUGUCUCAGCGGCAUCCAAGGAGGGGAAGUGGACGUGCUGGUGAACAAUGCUGGCGUGGGCCUGGUAGGGCCCUUGGAGGGGCUCAGCAUAGACACCAUGAAGAACAUCUUUGACACCAAUUUUUUGGGAGCCAUCCGUCUGGUCAAAGCUGUUCUUCCAGGAAUGAAGAAGCGGCGACAGGGUCAUAUCGUGGUGGUCAGCAGCGUCAUGGGUCUGCAGGGUGUCAUAUUCAACGAAGUCUAUUCAGCCUCCAAGUUCGCCGUGGAGGGGUUCUUCGAGAGUCUGGCCAUCCAGCUGCUCCAGUUCAACAUCUUCAUCUCCCUGGUGGAGCCGGGCCCUGUGGUCACUGACUUCGAGGGGAAGCUCAUGGCUCAGGUCGCCACGGCCGAGUUUCCAGGCACCGACCCCGAAACCCUGAGCUACUUCAGGGACUUCUACCUCCCCGCCUCCAGGGAGCUCUUCCGCUCAGUGGGACAGAACCCAAAGGACGUGGCCCAGGCCAUUGCCAAAGUCAUCAGCUCCACGCGGCCCCCGCUGCGCAAGCAAACCAACCUCCGCUACCUGACGCUGGCGGCGCUCAAGGCCGUGGACCCCUCGGGCAGCCUGUACGUGAGAACCGCCCACAGCCUCCUCUUCCGCUGGCCGCGCCUGCUCCACCUUAGCCUCCGCUGCCUGGCCUGCGGCUGCCUCCCGGCCCGGGUGGAGCCUUGAUGAGCAGAGACUUGCCGGCGCUCCCGCCCUGGACACCGCGGCACGGCCACACCCCAGACCCAGGGCCGCUCACACUCGGUUCAUUCGUUCAUCUCCUUCAUAAACUCGUUCUGCAAACUGCUUCCAUCGCUCUAGGUCUGGGCAUUGCUGAAAUUCCAGAAAAGGUCUCCCGUCUCCAGACCCAGAGCCCUCCCUAGUCAGGGCUGGGGCAGAGGAGAGAUCCUGGGACCCCGGGGGUCUGCCCACACGGGAGGGGGAGUCGCCUUCCUGGGGGAGGGGGUAUUGUCAUGACCUUGAAGGACAAGAUAGACUGUGCUUCAUUCAGUCUUAUGACUUCAUGAUCCUGGACCUGGGAAUACAGGGAUGACCAGAACACCUCCCCCUCCUCUCUCUCUCUCUCUCUCUCUCUCUCUCUCUCUCUCUCUCUCUCACACACACACACACACACACACCCAGAGCUGAGUGAACCAGGUAGUCUCGACUUUCCUGCCCACAUUCCCCAUUAGCAAAAUGUGUUUGUGUGCACACAGCCAUGUACUUAUAUUUUUUCCAUUAAAUGUA